AUGGGCAACCCGACGGCUGUCUCUCCUACAUCCCAGAAGCCCAGUUCUAUCUCAAUCAAGGGCUUUAAAAUCACGACUCAAAAGUUACCAAUAUUGAAAUCUGAUCCUAUUGAAGAAAUGACAAAGAAACUAGGGAUUACGCCACCAGAAAUGAUUUUUGGUGAUAACUUUAUUGCUAUUGAACAUGAGAAGAGCGGCUGGGGCAUUGUGUUUAAUGCGUUUGAUGCAUUGGACCGCGUCGAUAAAACAGGCGAGUCAAUGCUCAAAGUCGCAUAUUCGAAAGAGUGGCAAAGAAGCAGAGAAAAAACCCACGAAGGUAUCAAAGAGAUUGUCAAGCCAUUCGAUUGGUCAUAUACUACAGAUUACAAAGGAACGCUUUCUUCCCAGGAUCACCCUUUUGAGGAGACUACAAAAGAAAUUCCGAUCGAGUUACUGAAACGCCCUGACCCUAUUCUAUUUUUUGACGACGUCGUAUUAUAUGAGGAUGAACUUGCCGAUAAUGGUAUCACUAUGUUCUCAUGCAAAAUCCGAGUUAUGCCGGCGAGGCUUCUCUUGCUCUCAAGGUUAUUUAUGAGACUUGAUAACGUUCUCUUUCGACUCCGGGAUACAAGAAUCUAUGUUGACUUUGACAACAUGGAGGUAAUCAGAGAAUACCAGUCCAAAGAAUGCGAAUACGAAGCAGUCAGAAAGACCUUAGCAACCACGAGGGAUGACGUUCCGGCCGUUAUGAGAGACCCAAACAGGCUUUCAGGAAUUCUCCCUUUAGCAGAGAGGCGUAUAGAGCGAGUCAUCCUAGGAGAGUAG